CGGGGUCAGCAGCUUUUCCUCAGGAAAUUCUAUUGGUUGAGUCAUCCGUAGUCUAUAGACACUCUUAAGUCUUUCACUGUGUUCCUCGCGGAGGUUUCGAACUCUCCAGGUAUCCUUCCGUAGCGUCCUUUGAAACGAGUCCUCCCGUACCCGAGGCAACGCGCCGCAAUAAACACCUGCGGCCACCGUCUGCACCCGCGCCGCGGGGAGCGUGCCGAGGCGCUUCGCAGCGAGGCCUCGCGCGGGAAGCGCAUGCGCGGGGAGGCUCGUGGCCCCCGCCGCUCCUGCCGCUGAGUCAACCCGGACGGGAGCUCAGACGCCCUGGUCCCGGUUGUCGGACCGGUGCUCUGCUGAGAGGUGACUUGGUCCUGUGGGCCGCCGGGUGUUGUGCUUUAGUGCAAGGUAGGAUUUUGCUAUAAACGAAAUAGCCGCAAGGAACCUCUUAAGGUUGUCAGUAUAGAAAGCACCGCCGCAAGCAGCAGCCAUGCCUGCAGAAGGAGGGAAGACGGAUAUGGAGAGGAUUGGCCUCUUCAGUGAGAUGGAGUAUGUUACUGUUGGUGAUAAAUAUGUGUCCUCAUUUAAUCGACCCUUUAAUGACGCUGCAAGCAAAAAUAAACAGAUGCUACCUGGGGGAUCCAAAGCAAUGUCAAAUCUCCAGGCAGGUUAUUUUGAUCCCCAUUUUGUAAGGAUAUUUGAAGGUGAAGGCUAUGUAAAUCUGAAUCAAGUGAGGAGACGGCAUAUGAUGGAAGAAGCCAAAAAAAACCUAGGCAAAGCCUUCCUCCCUAGUAAUGGAGAUAAAAAGCCAUGUGGGUUAGGAACCUACUAUGGCACAAUAGGCGGUCCGGUGCCAUUCUUCAGCACACAGUUGAAACCCAGAGACAAAUAUGAGGUACCUGGAAAGAAUUUAUACACAAACCCGGGAAAGAAAGGAACAGGAUAUGGCUAUGCAAAUAUUACCAUAGGUAAACAGUUUUCACACUCUGCUGAUUUCUACGAUGCACCCAAACUAAAUUUUAAGAAGGAGAAUGAAGAACACCAUCGUUUAGUUAAAGGAACACCUUUCAAAUCAAAUCUUUACCCAAGGGAAUAUUUUGACACGAAUCCUUAUUUGUUUGAGAAAGCUUUACCACCAAUUAAAAAAACAGAGAAGAAAGAAUUACUUGCACAGCCCUUUAAACCUUCUUCUCCUGGUAAAAAGAUAAAAGUAAAUGAAUGAUAAUUGCACAGAGAAGAUUAUUUACCACCAAAUAUUGACAUGACUAAGAAGGGGGAUGAUGGAACCGAGCGAUUUCUUCACUUUAAGCAUCUGUUCACUAAAUGUUCAGGAACUGGCAGACUGGACUCCAGAACAUUCUGGAUCUGUUCUAGACGCUUGUCUUUAAACUGAACAUCUGACUGUGCCUUCAGGAAAGUAGAAAUAAAACAGCAAGAGCUGGACUUUGGAAAGGAAAAGAAACCGUACUAUCACUGUUAAGAGCAUGGUGGCCGGAAGGCAAGUUGGAUACUUACUUUUGAGGUGAACUAGGAAUGAGACCCCGCAGCUGUCCGUGAAGCGCGUCUUGUAUAUUGCUAGUUGAAUAGAGCCCAAUGGGUGAGUUAUAGGAAGCGCUCACUACCUGUCUUUUGUCAUCAAUGUUUGCUGCUGCAACGAAAGGUUGGGCCCUUCUGUUGUGCGCGGUACCAAUGGGUUUGAACUCCUGUACAAUGGCAGACAAGAUACACAGAGCCACAGAACGCACAACAAAGCCAUUAAUGAGCAAACCUAGAGCAUCGCUGUUGUUAAUCAAGGCUUCUUCACCCCACUGCAAGAUUAACGGCAAGGUUAAAGGAGGAGUUACGCAUAAACCUUUCUACAUUUUCUGUGAAAUUUACAUGUGCUGUAUUCAGCCACGUUUAAGGUGCAGAUGAAUUGACCUUAUUUAAAAUAUCAUGAAAGAAUUAGAACGUUAUUCUUUUUGUUUGGCCCUACUGACUUUCACGGCUGUAGUUGUUAAGAAAUUCUCAUAUGACUUGUUUGGAUACUGAAAUUCGAUGUCAGAAAUGAGAUUUGUGGCUUAGAAGAAUUAUCAUAGUUAACUUUUUCUCAAGAAGAACUUAUAUACACUUUCUCUUCUAUGAGUAUCUUAUUACAGCUUCCUCCAUUUUAGGAAAAGGAGGGGCAAAACAAUCAGAGAGAGGGAGCAUUUAUGAAUACUUGUACCUAAUCAUUUUAACUAAUCCAAGUAAAAGUUUUAUUUUUUCUUUAUGCCUACCACCAAAAAAUUCUUAUUUUGCAUUAUGUUCUAACUUUAAAUUUAGAACAAAUAAUAAGCAUUAAAAGACUAUUUUUUCCUUAUGUGAGCAGGGAUACCAUGUAUAUGGAAACUUUCUUUUCUUUUCUUUUCUUUUCUUUCCCUUUUUUUUUUUGUGAUGAUUGCACGUUGUGUGUUCAAAGAACUUUUCAUGUUUCUUUUAGUCCCAGAAGGACUAAAGUCAACAAUUCAGAUAGCUAAUGUAUAAGACUCACAAGAGGAUCUCCACUUUAUUGCUUGGAGAAAAGGAUCAAACAUCCGAGUCCCAAACUCUGAAACAUGCCUGAAUGAUCGGAAACUCUAUGUUAUUAUUUUUUUAAUGUAGGAAUCCGGUUUUCCAAUUUUUACAGAGAUUUGUAAUUUCGUAAAGUCAUUAAAUAUCUUUUUCUCCUAAGCGACAGAAGAAAACCAGGAGGGAAGGCUAAAAUAUACACAAGCUGAUUCUCUUUCCAGAUCUUUUCAUUUGGCAGAAUCAGUGAGAUAAAUCUUUCCAAUAUUUUCACUCACGCAUUCACAUCGACUUCACUUACUUUGGUGAAUGUGCCACCAAUUUUUCACACAGAUUUCAACUAGCACAAACAUUUAUGAUUCUUUGAAAUGUUACUGAAAGGAGGCUGUUAUUAUUAAAAAAAAAAACAACCAAGGUCUUGUAAUAUUCUUGCUCAUGUCAUUUUUUUCUCUUCUUGUCAUUACAAAUGAGUAAAUCGUGGGAUGGCACUUUUUUUGGUUGUUGUUAGAAAAAGAGACUGUCUUCGUUUCUUAGGGGAGGAACCAGAGUUUUGCACAGAGGUUCUUGUGCCUGAGAACACACUGACAGCUUCGUUUAGGGACCCACGCCACAUGAUGCUUCGGUGUUUUGAUUCUGAGCAGCCACUCUUCACACGGAGUCCCUAUUCCCCCAUCUAGGUUUCUUGGGAAAGUUCACUUAAAAUUUUAAGAGUUGUAACAGGCGAAUGGGGUGCAGCUUCAAAUACUAGCUGUACUGAGUCUGUGACUCCAGCUACCCCAAAUCUCCUGGCGCCUGAAAAUCGGGGAUGUGGUAGAGAGCAACUUUUCUCUCAUCAACCUUGGGCCGCGUAUCAUAAUAGCCUCUUAAACUUGAGAAGGUCUGAGUUGAAUACAAUAGGCUGUGAUCCUAUAGUGUGAUUGGAUUGACUGGCAUCUCACCGAUUCAUUAUUUUUACCUCCAGAAUAAUGGCUCACUGCCUAGGAGUUCGUUGGGGGACAGUAGGGUUGCUGCUGUUAGGCAGCAGAAUGACUGAAAUCACCAACUGUGGUUUUAGAAACAUGCUGAGUCCCAGAAUAUGGGAAAAUGUGUGUAGUCACACAUUUAUACAGUGCCACCAUCUGAUUGUUGUGGCUGAUUUAAUGAUGAAUUCUGCUUUUUUUUUUUUUUUAUGAUUUCUGAUGAGCCAUUAUUAUGGCAGGAAACAAGUGAAUUGGAAACAAUUGUAGGUAAUGCCAGUGGUGGUGACUCAAGCCUUUGUUACUCUUUUUGAAAUGAAAGAAGAAGGCUAAUUGCCUCAUUUAGCUUUGGUAAAUUAUUAAUUUCUCAGGCUAAUUAAAAGAGUGAAUCGGGCAGAACUGAAGGACUCAAGCUUUGUGGGAUUUUUUUUUUUUUAACAAAGUAUGAUACGCCUUAAAGAUCUUGAUCAAUAGAAUUGAAUUUAUAAAAAUUAGUUAAUGAUGGUUUUAUGGGGGAAAAAGUCGCUGCCCUUAUUUCUUCUUAGUCUUAAAAUGAUUAAUAAACAUGGGUGGUGAUUGUCCUGUAAAUGAGGUAUCUUCACUGAAAAUAUUUGUGCACUAAUAAUUUCUAGUAGUGCUUCCGAAAAGCAGCAUUUGAGUUAAUCAGCUCCAACCUUUUUCUUUGCUUUCAGUUUUGGUUAUAUAUUGCAAAGGUCAUAAAUGUGUAAUUUGUUAAAAUAAAAAAAGCCCUUUCUGCACAUAAUCAUAAGAGGAUAUAAAAGAAUAUAGGCUUCAAUCUAAUAUAGGCUUCAAACAUUUGUAUUUAGGCUUUGCAAAGCGUUAGUUUAUGGGCUGCUAGAGUCAUUCCAGAAAAGCACAAUGAAGUUGUAUACAUCAAAGGUAAACAAAUUUAAGUAUGGCACGGGGAGGCAACAUUGUAUCCAAGUCUUCCAUCCUUGUUGAUGGUCAAACAGAAUCAAAAGACAAAGCCAAUGAGAAGUUUGGUAUUCCACAUUAACUUCUUUUUACAUUUUCUGGAAAAUCAUUCGUAACAGUAAUACCGUAAAAAAUUAUACAGCAGUCAAUACAGUCCAGCUCUUGUGUUUAUUUUACCCAGACAAAAGCAUCCAAAUGAUUCUCCUCUUUUAGGAAUUCAAUAAGUAACCACUGCAGUUAAUGAAUGCAUUUUAAAUGUCAUUUUUAAAUAUUAGGAGCUUAUACUAAGGAAUAAUAGUUUGAAUUAAUCAAGUGCUAGAGCCAACAGAGUAAAAGCUAGGCAACUAGAUGGAGACUUGCUGAUAUGGGGGAGAAUGCAGCUGGUGACAACAAUCUCCAAGCCCUUAGGAUGACCUCAGCAGUGACAGCAUUCCAAGACAGUUGCACCUUUCAACUUCCUACUUGAAGAAGUUGUCCAGAGAUAAAGAUUCAGCCCAAGAACUGAGGCUAUUACCAGCUCCAAAAGAAACAACAUGUUUCAUGGUACAUACAUAGACGUAUGUAUGUACUUAC